AUACCUGAGUCAUUGUGACGGCGAUUUUGGACGUGCGUUGCAGGAUAAAAUCCCAGGUGGGGGAAUUGCUCUGAUACUUUGAGUAGCACUUAAGACUCCUUUGCAACCGUAAUCUAUCCGUGUAGCGCUAUUUGCCGUGGGGAGAGAUCCGUGCUGCGGAUCUUUAGCAAUCUAUUUAAUUUUUCUUUUUUAUCCAGUCAUUCCCCAAAAGUAGCGCCAAGAGAGUGAGGCUGAGCCAGAUUGCAAGUGCUGCUGUGCUUCGGAUCGGGACAAGCUUGGCUCCCUGUUAACAUGGGGAUUUCUGUACGCCGCCCCACCCAAUUCUUGAUUCGGGACACGUUUGUACCAGUUUAUUCAGAAAUGAAUCGCAUUCAUUAUUUCUGUUACAAAUUAGAAAGGAACAAAGUUUACCCAAACCAUAUGUCCCCGAUUCUCUUGAAAAUUCUGGUACAGGGUGACGGGUAAGAGUAAGACCCGGGAUCGGGGGUAGAAACUGUGGGGCUUUGGCGCAGCUGCGGCACCAAUAAACCGGCUGCUUCUCUGCGGCCCUGCUGUGUGUUUCACGUGGAGGGGAAUACAUGACUUGGUGUUUUUUGAAAUGCUGGAGUAAUUGUCUGUGUCUAAUCACGCAAUAUCCACAAGGGGAUUUUCUUCCUUUUCGUAAUCCGUGAGAAGACGCAGUUAUAAAGCUACACUAAUUACGCGAGACUAGUGUUUUUAUAAUUUAGAAGUAGAUCUGGCAUUUUCACCGAAUAGCCUCUAUAUUUAUGGGGAAUUUUAAAAGGAACAAAUAAAUAUGUAUAUUAAACGGAUGGAGGGCGAGAAUAGUUUCUAUUCUUUUCUCCCGUCGAAUAAGAGAAUGGAAUCUUUCAGUUUAUAAUAUGCAUGGAUAUGGCUGGAUUUGCAACAGUUUUUUAAAAUGAUCAUUUCUGCUUUAUCUUUUCUCAGUGAUAUUGAUACUGAAAUAGAAAUAGUUCAUUUCGAUGGCACAAGGUACCAUCCAUUUUUGUGAUUUACAAGCUAUAAAUGUAAAAUAUCCAUUUAAUGCAUUGAGGUGUAGUUAAUUAACUGUUAAUUAAGUGCUAAAUAUUUAUAUCUGGCUUGCACAUGCAUGCAAAUCUUGGCAUUGAGAGAAAGCAGACAGAAAUGGUUCAGUCUGGGCCAUGUGCAGUCUGCGGAACUGGUGAAUGACUUGGCUGGGGAGGGGCCACAUAUGCCAGAGGGGGAGGGGGGGGGCAGCCUCAGGAGGACCUCAUGGCGUGGGAGACAGGCAUGCAAGUCCAUGGCCAGAAAACCGUGACCUAAAAUGGAUGCCAGCUGCGGCAGGGGGGGCCGGCGGCAGGUGGAGGGAGGCACAGCCGUGGCUGGGCGGGGCCACAGCUUGUGGCCAUUUGGGGGGGGGCACAUGGAGCCGACAGGGAAGUCUGCCUGGGGUCUGAUGCCGUUGCCUAGGAAACAGAGCAUCUGGGGCUAGAAUGGUAGCCGGUUGCAGGAGACGAUAACAAACAGGAGCUAUUACUGCAAACCACAAAGGAGGGCUAUUUCAACAAUGACGCUGCUGACUCACCAUAGCCAUUAAUACCCCAGGAGAAGCUUCUUAGAGUUCAGGAGACGUCUAUUUAGCAAGAUGAGCAAAAAAGUGAACGUAAACAUGGCCGAAAUCCUAAGAAAAAAGCAAGGCUUUCAGGCAGAGGUAGAUAGUUCAGGUCCAGAAAGUAAAAAUCCAGACCAAGACUUUGUCUCAACCAAAAACUUGAGAAUAAAGCAUCACAGUCACAGAGUGCUCAACUGAUGGAACUAAAUCUUGGUCUGGAUUUGUACUUUCUGGACCCGGACUAUCCUCUUCUGGUUUCAGGAAGCCUCAGGGUAGAAUGUGACAGAUGCUAUGGUACAUUGUUCAUUGUGGGUGUCUGACAGACCAACUCAGAAGAAGCUGAGAAGGUCAUCAGGUAGGAUGGGAGGUCAGAUGAGCAAAAUAAGGGGCAGGUGUUGGUAAAGGGCAGGCGAGGGGCCUUCUAAGCAAAAGAGUGACCACAAAAGAGUGAUCACAAAAGAGUGAUCACAGUACGGCUUUCAUUGUCUUACAUAAUGUGGUUAUCAAAAAAAUAACCUGCAACUGAUUUUGUCCAUUACAAAGCCUGACAGUAUACAGAAUCCUAUGAUCCUAUGAUCACUCCCCCUUCCUCUGAUUAUGGCCACGCCCCAAAGUGGUCCAAAAACAAUAUUAGUCAGGUGUUCAUUCAUCCUUUAAGGCUCCGUGUUACAGACACCUAAAGGCUCUUCUUAAAAAAAGUUUAAAAGUAUCUGGGUGUAUAUUUCAGUGCCCACUGGUUCCUGUUUUUCUGCUGUGAAACAGUUUCAAGAGCUCCUCCUCCUCAGUGAGCAUUCAAAGACAGAUGACCGUAGCGCUGUGAGGGCGAAUGGCGACGUGAGCGGCGUAUCUGCUCUCCGCAUACCGGGCAGUGUCUUCCCUGUUGGGUCUCCAUCCAGAACUGCUGGUAUAAGAAGGAGGUGGUGGACAGGACACCCCCAAGCCCUAGCAUCAGAGGUACCCACACCUGCACUCACCCUGUCGAGGUCACCCCAGACCUCAUAAGGCUAAAAUAUCUCAAAGGUCAAGACAAGCCACCAGGCAUGUCAAAAGUUGUGGAGAACCUGAGCUCCAAGGUGUUGGCCCAACCAAGCCCCACCCUCUCCAUCCCUGGCACUGAGGGUCACCCCUACUGUGGACUGGAGCUCUACCGCUCCUGGUGCUGCCCCAGCUUUUGCAAAGAUUACCCCGAUCUGCAGCUGGGAGGGGACCUCAUUGGAGACAAGGCUUCAGAGAGCCCCAUCCUGGACGAUAAGGCCUACGGGGGCCCGUUUCUGAAGUCCGAGGAUUUGGCCGAGAUGGCGCCCCUGCUGCUGGAGCCGAUCUUCUUGGAUCCACAGUGUGAUGUGGCGCCCCCGGCUGGAGAGGCAGCAGACAGCAGCAUCAUCCUGUCAGGGGAGCCACAAUCUGAUUCGAUGCUCAACAGUUACCUGGAGAACAAGCAACUGGAGGUCUACUUGCAGCACCUACAGGACAUGCUGGCCCGGGGGGGCUCUUCACCCAGCAUGCUCCCUCCCAGCCUGGCCUCCCCUAAUCUGGCCCCGUCCACACCAGCCCUGUCCAGUCCCCUCCAGUUCAACCAGCCUCAAUCCACAGAACCUAGUGCAGUGGGUCCCCUGACCUCCCAGUCCAACACGGCUGUCAGCUCCCACUUCAGCUCUCCCAUGCUACGUAUCUCCAACUCUGACCCAGGGAAGAGGCAGCCUCCUCUCUGUCACUACGACCUGCAGGCGCCGUGCUCUACGAAGCCGGGUCAAAAUCCAAACCCUCGGAAGUCAUAUUUCUGGAACAGUAGAACACGAACCAUGAACAGCAGAGCACGCAAAGUGGGAAGAGAAAUCGAUACCGUUCUGUAUGAAUGGUCCGUCCUCCCUACAGCUGGAACCACGUAUUCUUCCCUGAAUUAAACUAAUAUAAGCGUGACAGUCACUCAGACACGAAGCCACAGAGAUGGGAAAAACGGGAACCUGUACAAGAAAGAAGAAAUUUGCUGAAUCUCAUUCUUUGUAAAGCAAGAUGCCUGUGGUUUACAGGAUUAUAACAGCACUGUAUUUUAAGAAAUGUGACACUAUCCAUUUAAUUUAGCCAUUGUGAUUUAAAUGUUAUAUAUAGUGUACGUAGAUAAUGUGUUUUACAAAAUAAAUACAAUCGUCUUGAUGUAAAAUA